AUGGACACGGAGCCUGUCCGUGUUCCCAACAGGUCCGCCUUGGAGGAGUCCGAACAAGAUGGAAGGCCGCCGUUUAUCCUUACGUAUACUGAGGUGAAGCUACUGGGAAUUGCUGGAGUUGGAUUCUUCCUAGAUGCUUAUGAUCUUUUUAUCAUUAAUCCUGUGGCUACGAUGCUUAAAUACCGUCUUUAUGACGGGAAUUCGCUUCCCGCCAACCUAGAAGGUUUCAUGAAAGCAGGCGCAAACAUCGGAAGUGUCAUCGGGCAAUUUGCAUUUGGGUAUCUUGCGGACGCUUUAGGAAGAAAAGCAAUAUAUGGCAAAGAGCUCAUGCUCAUCAUUCUUGCCACAAUACUAUGCUUGACUACGCCUACUGGAUCCUUACCGCCCGACAGCUGUCUCAUUUAUCUAGGUGUAUUCCGUAUCCUUUUAGGCGUUGGCGUUGGAGGAGACUAUCCCAUGUCCGCGUCGAUCACCUCUGAUCGUGCUAACAUCUGCAAGAGAGGCACACUUCUGGCGUACAUUUUCGCGAAUCAGGGAUGGGGUUCCCUUGCAGGCAGCUUGAUAACUAUAAUUGUCCUCGCCGCUUACAAGCCUGUCAUGGAUACCAAGGGAGAAACUAGUAAAGUGGAUGGAGGCAUGUUCCUAUGGCGCAUUAUUGUCGGCAUUUCGCUUGUUCCUGCCUUCGGAACCCUCUACCAGCGCCUGACACUUCCUGAAUCCACACGGUUCAUCGAGUCUCAGAAGCAGCCCGAAACCGAUGACAUCGAACAGAUCAAGAAGGCUCAACAGGAAGCCGAAGCCGCCAGCGAUAUCAAGGAGAAGGACAGCUCAGCAGAAAGCUCUGUGGAAGAUCCUGACAUCGUCGCAACUAAGAAGGCUCACUUCAAAGAAUUCCUCCAAUAUUUCUCGGAAUGGCGACAUGCCAAACACCUCAUUGGAACAUGUGUCUGCUGGUUCUUACUUGAUAUAGCAUUUUACGGCAUAAACCUGAACCAAAAUGUCGUUCUUCAGCAGAUUGGAUUUGACGGCAGUAGCGGGACACCCUGGGAAAAGCUUUUCAAAGUUUCUACUGGUGGGAUUAUCAUUACCGCUCUGGGUUUCGUUCCCGGCUACUAUGUAUCCGUCCUUACCAUUGAAAAGCUUGGGAGGAAAUGGAUUCAGAUCCAGGGUUUUUUGAUGGCUGCUUUGUUUUUGGGAAUUCUAGCUGGAAAGUUCUAUUCGCUAAGCAGUGCUGGUUUUAUCGUCUGCUUUGCAUUCUUGCAGUUCUUCUUUAACUUUGGAGCGAACACGUACUGUUAUCCAGCUGAAGUUUUCCCGACGCGCUUCCGCGCCUUCGCUCAUGGUAUCAGUGCUGCUUGCGGCAAGGCUGGCGCCAUCAUAUCUGCCCUUGCAUUCAAUACCCUUAGCAAAGACAUCGGGACGCCUGCUGUUCUCUGGAUCUUCGUUGGGUGCUGUAUUGCUGGUGCCGCCUUUUCUCUCCUGCUUCCUGAGGUCCGUGGUAGGGAUCCCGAUGCACUACUAGCUCAAGAGAUUAGGGAAGCAAGACGGAAUUCAAGCAAGUAA